UCUACUAUUUUGAAUUCCAGCAGCAAGUUAGAGACAGCUAUGAAGAUAUUUACAAGCGACAAUAUUGAAAUGGAUGAAAUCAAAAUAACUAAUUGUAAAAAGUUGAUGAGCGCCUUUUAUGAUAACCCGAAGAGGAAGAACAUUCAUGUUGAAGUAUCAAGCUCCAAGGCGAAAAUUGAAGAAGCAUCAAGACGGAUUGCAGAGGCAUCAAUAUCGGUUGCAAAGUCAUCAAGAUCGAUUGCAGAGGCAUCAAACUUUAUUGCAGAAAGGAAGGAAGAAGCAAUUGUGGAAACAGAAGUGAAGGAGCGGGUGGAGGACCUGACAUGGAUGAUGGAAGGAAAUGAGAAGCUGAAUCCAGUUGCAGAAAACAAGAAAAAGGCUUCACUGACAAAACUCUUGAUUUGCUGCAACAGUGAGGGAACCUAAUGAGGGAAACUGCUUAGUCAUUUUAACAAAAAGAAUAGAAAGUUAUUGAGAUACAGUAGAAGAAAGUUAAAAUUGUUUGUUAUUGAAUGAAUCUCUAAGUGCAGCUCUGAAUUCUUCAAAUUUAGACUUUAACCCAAGGCAUUAUUAUAUUGAUGUCCAAAAUUGGUUUAACAUGACUUGGAAUUCUGAAGGAGUUGUUACAUUUUUGGUUCAUCUUGCAAUCUUCAUAUAAAAGAUUAUCUCAAGACUACUACUAUGACCUUUUUACAUUAUGUACUAUUUUCUUUACACUAAUAUGCCGUUUUGAUUUGCAGGUUUCUCUUACUUGGGAAGAUAAGAGAGCUGUUGAAAGCAAGGGAAUUGGUCGAAAGAUAAUUGAUAGGCUUUACCAAACAUAUUCCUCUGAACUUGGUAGUAAAAGGUUUGCUUAUGAUGGUCAGAAAACUCUCUAUACAAAGGCUCUAUCAUCAACUCAGAGAGCAUCUUUGGUUGAAAAAUCUCGACAGAAUGCGGACUGCGACUGAUGCUGUGAGGAACUACAAUUACGAUGAUUUAAACUUAACCGGUGUAUGUUUCUACAAUUUCCAGGACCAUGGAAGAAGAAAUAUUUGAGUGAUUUUGGCAUCAUUACACAGUGCAUUUCUCCUUUUAAGAUUAAUGACCAUUAUCUUACAAAUGUACUACUUAAGAUCAACUCUA